GCCCAGAUGUGCCGCGGGACGAUCGUGAUCUUCGUCUGCGCGAUGAGCGUGGUGUUCCUCGGGAGGCGGCAGCACAGCUACCACAUCGCAGGAGUCUCCCUGGUCACCCUCGGUAUCGUGCUCGUGGCGGCGAGCGCGCUUGCCUCCGCGAAGACGACCUCCUCCGGCCACAUGGGGUUCGGCAUCGCCCUCUGCAUCGUGGCCCAGGUCUUCCAGGCCUCGAUGUUCGUGUACGAGGAGCGGAUCAUGAGCCAGUACUCGGUCCAGCCCCUGCAAGUCGUGGGCAUGGAGGGCGCCUUCGGCAUGGCCAUCAGCGCUGUGAUCCUCGUGGUGGGCCACUUCGCUCACUACGCGAACCCUCUGGGCGCGCUUCAUCAGGUCGCGCACUCCCCGGCGCUGGCCCUCUCCAUCCUCGGCUCCAUGCUCGCUGUGGCCGUGUUCAACUUCUCCGGAGCCAACGUGACGAAGAGGUCCUCCGCCGUCGCCCGCACCACCAUCAAGAUGUCCUCAACCAUCUCCAUAUGGUGA